AUGAGUGAUUUGGUGAGCAGUAUGAUUCGUAAACAGCAUCCUACACGAAUGAUAGUUUAUAAUCGAAAUUUACGAUGUGUUGAUCCUGGUGAUAUUAGUGGUAGCGGAAAUGGUGAUAGAUGCGAAAAUUCACGACGUGGUCGUCAAAAAAACGGCUCGAAAAAGAGUAGUGUUGGAGCAAGAAUGUCUAAAGGAUCAACCAAUGAGUCUUCAGGCUCUCGAACCAAAAGUUCCGUAUCAUUUGGUCCACCAAUACCUGAUGAUAUUUUGGAUGAUCUGUGCUUCCGAUUUCUUAUCAAUAUCCCAGAUGAUCAGAAAAACGCUCCGGUUCGGCUCUGCUUUCAAAUCGAAUUGGCACAUUGGUUUUAUAUAGAUUUUUAUUGCAAAGGGAAUAAUGCACAUGUAAAAUGUCCUGAAAUAAGCUUGAGAGAUUUGGUCGGGCAGAUAUUCAGUCAUUGUGAUUUCCUUGUCCAAUAUGCGGAUAGCGUCGAUAAGGUAAUGGAAGAAUGGCGUAUUUAUAAGUCUGGCGUACCAACAUAUGGUGCUGUGCUCUUAGAUAAUUCAUUGAAUUAUGUAUUAUUGGUGCAGGGAUAUUUUGCAAAGAACAGUUGGGGAUUUCCGAAGGGGAAGGUAAACGAAGAAGAGGAAGCAAUGGCUUGUGCUAGUCGAGAAGUAAUGGAAGAAGUGGGUUUUGAUAUUUCUGACAAAAUUUGCAAAACACGUUUGAUCCAGUGUUUUGUGAACGAUACUUUAAUACGAUUGUAUAUAGUACGCGAUGUCCCCAUUGAUUUUCCAUUUGCUCCUAAUACUCGAAACGAGAUAGGUAAGAUUCAGUGGUUUUGUAUUUGGGAUUUACCGAAGGAUCGAAACGAUAUCUCCACGUGUGAGCGAAUUGGUAUGUCUCCAAGUAACUUCUACACUGUGAUUCCGUUCGUCAAAGAGCUACAAGCAUAUGUUUCCAAGUAUCAUAACACGCACAAUAAGCCGAGAUAUAAGCAAAUGGAUACGAUAAAUAUUAGUACACGCUCAUCUAGUGCAUUCAGUCCAGUGCAGCCUCAGCAGAAGAAUGAAAUGCUAGCACCAGCACUGAGUCCUUUAUUCAACACGAAGGCUUCAGCAAAUAUGAAUCGUUCAGUGGUUUCUCAGCAUUCUUCUCAGCAUGCAUCACCAAACUCAGCAUUUUUCAAGCCGUUGACAGCAUCUGCGCAGCACAUUUCAUAUACUGGUACUGCCUUUGUGCAGAUGUUAUCCGGCGCUUCCUGUACGAGUAUCGAAGUAACAAAUUAUGCGAAAUCUCCAGAAAGAGUGAAAAUGAAAGAAGUGACGAGACCAGUACCAACAGUUCCAAAAGCAGCCAUGCCAAUACUUGGUCGUCCAGUAUAUGAUGCAUUCAGAGAUGAAGCAGAAAAAAAGACGGUUGCAUCCUUACAAGAACCAUCGCAUAAAACAUUGCCGAGUAAUAUUCUUCUUCAUCAUGGAAUCACAGACACCAAAGAAGUGAUCAGUUACCCAACUGAUAGCAGCGGAAAAAAAACUGUAGAAUGUGACUACAAUUUGCUAGUGAAGAAGCGUAUCUCACCAUUGCAUCAUAAUUCAGGAGAAGACUUAAUAAAGAAUUAUUUAAAAGAAGGUGGUUGCUUGAAAAGCUCCAAGAUUUUGAUGACGAAUCAUAUGACUGAAGACAGACCACUCGUUAAUUUGUGCAAAGCCUGGAAAAAUUUUAAAGUUAUCAUUAAUGAGCUGUUCUUUCUUGGGUUAAGGAACAUUGUCUACCUGGUAGUGGUAUCCUUGUUUAAAGAUGCAUGUAUUUUCAGUUUGAUGUUUCGCGAUUAUUUUGAAAAUGAUGCUCAUAUGAAACGCGCCUAG